AUGGCUAAAGAAUUUGGGAUUGGAUCAGGUAAGAGGAUACGCGGAUUGGGCUCGAAUAUUCGAGUGGAGACUAGUUCUCGCUCUACAAGUAGAUAUGGCAAAAACUAUGUGACUGAAGAUGAGAGAUACAAUAAGCUCUCAAAAACUAUGGAGAAACUUUGUGACAUCGUUAAGCAGAUGCAAGCUGGGAUUAAUGAUAGAUCUAGGAAGAAGUGUAAAUGCAACAGUAAGUGCAAUGGUAAGGGACCUCGGGUCCGACCUGAUUCUUCUUAUUCAGAUUCUGAUGAUUCUACAACUGAUCACGGUGAUAACUAA